UUGAAAGUAUCGUGCAAUUUGCCACGACUCUUGAAAGUAUCGUGCAAUUUGCCACGACUCUGGAAAGUCCCGUGCAAUUUGCAUUGCUGUAGAGGGGAGGCGGAGCUUUGUUGCUGGCGGACCUUUCCCAGUUUAGCGAGGAGGCAGGCUGGAGGGGUGGACUCUUGCACGUACAGUCGAGGCUGCCGACCGAUCGACUGCGCGGACGACGAUCCCAGCUCCACGCUGGAAUAACCGUCGCUAGGGAACAACCGAGAGACGCAACGCUUUAUGUUGACUAGGAAACAGCGAGCAACAAUUUGAGCCUGUGUGCCAGCACAUCUCGCCCUCCCGGCUUUCACAACUUCUACACCGCGAUGCAAUUAGGAAAAGUGCACCGCCGGCGAGUUGCACUGGUGAAGCACUAAAUUGUCCAAUCUUGUUUCCUUCCGAAAAGUUAACGUUCUGAAUUAUUUUUAAACAAUUUCGGAUGUUAUAAAAGUAAAGGAAAAACAAAAUCCCGCUCUCGCUCGGUGACAGGAGGAUAUUUUUGAUGGCGUCUCAGCAGACCAGAAUUCAAGCCUACCUCGAAAAAAACAAGAUUGGCCCUCUUUUCGAGGAAAUGAUGACAAAAUUAAUAACAGAGACACCUACCAAGCCAAUUCCAUUUUUAAUAAGCCACCUGCAAAAUAAACAAGGAGGUCCUGGCCAGCUACAAAGAACAUUUUCAGGCUCAGCUGCCCUCUGGGCUGAAACGGGAAACAAAGGUUUGCGGCGCGAUUGUAGAGGUUAUGAAAAACCAUGGCUUACAAAUGCUAAAAAGCCAAAAAAGUCAAAAAGUGACCUUGCUAUGUCCAACCUAUCACCAGAAUCAAAAUCCCUACCAAGGUCAAUAGAACAUACUGCAUUGGACUGGCAAACAAAACCCGAAAGCCACAACUUUGAUGAACUGAAUCACAUCCUUCAGGAGAGCAAGAGGCUGGGCAAGGCUCUGGAACACCUCUCUCACAGUAUUGGUACUCCAGAUGAAUCUGACCAGGAUCUGCGGGCUUACAAUUCGUCCCUUGUUAGACCCCGAGUGGUUGGAGAGUGGGUUGGUCGUGAGGAAACUGAUGCUGACCCGUUGGCUGCAGAGAUGCUACACCCUCCAGUGCCCAGAAUUAAGGAUGAAACUGAAGAGGCCCACAGCUCUGGAAGCACAAAAUUGGAGCAGAAGAGUAAAGGCUUGAGACAACAGCAGCAACAGCAUAAGAAGCUUUUAGCUGCAAUGCUGUCCCAGGAUUCAUUUGACUCUGUGCACAGUGCAACACCAUCAGUGGCUGAAGAGGACAUUGAGGAUGAGGAUGAUGCCAUGGAAUUACUGGUUUAUAUUUACCUGAGCACCUUUGAUGUAUCCGUUUCUGAACAUCAUUCUGCUUCCAAUGGGAUAUCCCAGAGAUCUACAUAUCUGUUAAAAGACAGUGGAAUGGUUCCAAGAUUACACCAGCUUCAUUAUGAAUCAUCCUUUGAUUAG